CGACGUUUGACCCUCGUAACGCUUCCGUCGGACAUGGGCGCGCGCGCUGGACGCCUGCUGAGGACUUUUAACUUAGAAAACCGUGUUGACCGUGAAAUAAGCAAAACUAAACCCAAACCAGCACCGCGACAUGUCACCACGGCUGAUUCUGCACCAGGUGCACAGUACAUCAGCGAAGUCAACAAGAAGAAUGAUGCACUGUUGGCCUGGCUGAAGCAGGUCUAUGUGAAGUCAAGAGACCCCAUAUCGCAGGUUACAGUGGCUGCAGAACUGAAGCAGGCAGAACAUGUUGGGCAUCGACCAUUGAAGUCCAGUUUACGAGGAGACCAUUUUUUAAUCAGUGACAUUACAGCUGUUCCACAAGGCAAGUUGUUGAUUGUUGAAGCCCUGACAGCGCUAAACAAUCACAAACUCUCACCUCAAACAUGGACAGCAGAGAAGAUCGCCAAGGAAUACACACUGGACUUGGCAGACGCCAAAGCACUCACAAAGUUCUUUAUUCCCUUUAAUGUGAAAAUUAUUCCACCCAAAUCAGAGGAGAGAAAACAGAUAAAGGACUCUUAGGACUAACAUGAACAAUGCUUUGAAUGAUUCACAUAAGCUUUGUUGUGAAUGUACAUGUAUUCUGAUAAUGGUUAUGCUGACUCCAUUACUUACUGCUUUACCACCAUAAAGCAUCUGAUAUGAUACUUUGCAAUCAGUAAACCCAUAAAGGCAUUGAUGUCUAUAUUUGCUCACCUUUUUCAGAAAGGAAAAUGAGUAGCAUAUGAGGCUCAGAGUAGUGAAGACUUCACUUGAAAUUUGGUGGGGGGUUACAUAUGUAUUGAAAUUGGAGAAUUGGUAAUGACGGGAGAAAUGCCGAGGUCAUUUGAUAAAUGGGUUGAGGGUAAUAGUCACAUGAAAAAUGGUGCCGAUGUGAUUAAAACUUACUUGCUUAUGA